AGACAAAUAAUCAUCAUCUCACACAAACACAUCAUUCACAAUGGCUUCCACCGAUUACAAGUUCGAGGGCUGGAUGGGUCUCGACCCCAAGGCCGCCGAGGGCAACAUGGUCUGGCAGGAGUUCGAGCCCAAGCCCUGGGAGGAGACCGAUGUUGACAUCAAGAUCACCCACUGCGGUAUCUGCGGUUCUGACAUGCACACCUUGAGAAGCGGUUGGGGUCCCUCUAAUUACCCCUGCUGUGUCGGUCACGAGAUCGUCGGUGUUGCCGUCCGCGUCGGCUCCAAGGCCGAGGGCGGUAUCAAGGUCGGAGACCGUGUCGGUGUUGGUGCUCAGAGCGAGUCCUGCAUGGGCCGCAACGGCGAUUGUGAGGCUUGUGCCUCUGGCCUCGAGCAGUACUGCCCCAAGUCCAUGGUUGGCACAUACAACGGCGUGUACGCCAACGGCGGCAAGUCGUACGGUGGUUAUGCUCGCUACCACCGCGCUCCCUCCCGCUUCGUCGUCAAGAUCCCCGAUGCCAUCCCCUCCGCUCACGCUGCCCCCAUGCUUUGCGGUGGUAUUACCACCUACUCUCCCCUGAAGCACUUCGGCUGCGGUCCCGGCAAGCGCGUCGGUAUCAUCGGUGUUGGCGGUCUCGGUCACUUCGGUAUCAUGUUCGCCAAGGCCCUCGGUGCCGACAAGGUCAUCGCCAUCUCCCGCAAGGGCAACAAGAGAGAGGAUGCUCUCAAGCUCGGAGCCGAUGCUUACAUCGCCACCGACGAGGAUGCUGAAUGGGCCCAGAAGAACGCUCGUUCUCUCGACCUGAUUAUCUCCACCGUUUCCUCCUCCAAGAUGCCCAUCACCGAUUACGUCCAGCUCCUUGACCGUGACGGCGCUUUCGUUCAGCUCGGUGUUCCCGAGGACGGAGCUCUCUCCAUCCCCGCCCCUGCCCUGAUCUUCAAGCGCGUCAAGUUCAGCGGUUCCCUCGUUGGUUCCCCCAGCGAGAUCCGAGAGAUGCUGCAGCUGGCUGCGGAGAAGAACGUCCGCACCUGGAUCGAGGAGCGUCCCAUGAAGGACGCCAACGCCGCCAUCAUCGACAUGGAUGCCGGCAAGGCCCGAUACCGUUACGUGCUCUGCAACGAGCAGUAAACUGACGAACCAUGUUGUAUAUAGACAGACCACCAUAGACUUAAUGACUCGAUGUGAAUAGACAACCAUACCAUUCAUGCAGUGGUUUCCUCGAAAGCGCGUACCGUAUACUCCACUCCAGCGAUCGUGACUGUCUGGCCCGUAGUCCAAGCUUGUGGUUCUGGCAUAUCCUUCAUGGAGGGCAGCUUGUCCACUUCCGUGGAUAGGUUGUAUCUGGUGCACCAUCCUCGACUGGAAUCCCAUUCCUCCCGAAGGGCGCUGACUUCCCCUCCGUCCUUAACAACCGUAGCAUUCGACCCCGGAGACCGAACCUGUCUCUGCACCUGCCGCAAAGCGAGGUAAGUUCCCCAGACCCGACCGAGAAAGGUGCGAGUCACCUCGCCCUUCUCCCCGUCCUUGAAAUCAAGUAUAUCCUUAGACUCCAAAACCCACGAAACACCCUUACCCGCCC